GAGAGAGAGGAUUAAUGUUCCCAUAUUGGCAGUGCAGACGCACCUUUCCACCAGCUCCGGACAAUGAAAGGCUCCACUCCCUCCUCCUUCAUUCCGCACCACACAGACCUGUUUUCUCGCUUUUGUGUUUUGAUAGAAAAUUAAACACCGUCGGUCGGAGUCUUUCUCCCUCUAAAUCCGUGGGCUUCGUAUUGAGCCUGCUCAGUUUGCCUCCGACACCACCAGCAGGACUCUCCCGGUCACACUUCACUUCACUGCCAGUCGUUCAAGUCGUCGCGAGGCACCGGAGGAUAAGCUUGAGAGGUGAAUGCUGUGAACAGAGUUGGAAUGCAACAGGAUUAUCAUCUGACCUUAACUCAGAGGAGGCAAAGCAACCAGACCAUUAGAUCACACGUUUUCUGAUCUUUGCUGCACUACAAUGCCUUUGAGGUUAUAAUGUCUACGCUGAAGCACGUUAUUCUACAGGAUAAAGACCAGGCCGUUGAGAAGAAGCUGGACUGGAGUUACAUUGAGUGGGCUGAAAAUGAAGUCGUCACCACAAGUGUGACAAAUGCACAGACACAAACGGACUGGGGGCCUUUUGAGCACAAGGAGAGUCAGACCAGCAGCCCGGUCAUAAUGCACAUAGAUCUCGCACGGACACAUUCCAAGCUGAGACAUUCGUCCCUGGCGGACACCGACUGUUUGGCAACACCUUUUUUCCAGUUUGAUCGGCAGGCCCCUGGGCGCAUCUCCACGUCUCCCACCUUGAGGAGGAUGAGGAGCACCCGACGUCCUCAGAUGGAUACCUGGGAUCCUUUCAGGAUGGGGAGCACUCGGGAGGAGCCAUCCCUCCUAAGCCCCCUGUCCCCAGUACACAGAGUCAAGUCUCCUCUUGCAGCAAGCCCCCUCUCUGAUGGAGAGGUCUGUCAAGACCGUCAGCCCAUUUCAUCCUCUGGCCGACAGAGAACCAGAUCACAUAGAUCAAAGACUUUUGACAACGGCAUCACUUCCAAGAGACAAGAAUGUCACAGUGCUCAUCCUACUCAUAUUAAAGAUUUUGGAUUUUCUGAUAGUGAAGUACGGGAGAAAGAGCAUUGCUAUAAUAGGCUUCAGGAAAGGAGACGGAGCUCUGUGGUGGUCAGCUUGCCCGGAUUGGAUGUUUCACCAGGAGACCUUUUUGUAUCCAAUGGAGCAGCCGACAUAUUAAAUGGUUCAAACUUCUCUGAUACUAAGAAGCCAAAGUGGCCUUUUUCAAGGCGUAGUACGACUAAAGGGAAGUUGCAGACAGGCACAGCAUCAGAUAUUGAAAAAUAUCUCUCAGCAUCACAGAUUCAAGACUGGAGAAACUCUGACCUUCAGAGGUAUAAGGACUACUCUCUGGCGGAGUUCUUGCGGGACCAGUCUUCCCAGGUGAGCGCCGCCUCUGACCCUCAGGGCUUCAAGAGACAGGAGGCCAUCUGGGAACUCCUCACCAGCGAGUGUGUUUACUUUCUGGAUCAGCUCAUGGUUCUCAAAGAGGUGUUUUUGGCUACGCUCACAAAUCUGCAGAUGAGGAACUGCCUGACUGAUGUCGACUCCUGGAGGCUGUUUGCAAACCUCAAUGAGCUUUGCCUGGUGAGCUUUGGUUUCCUGAACAACCUCCUCCGCGUCAUCAAGGACACGUUGAAGACUGCUGAGGGUGGCGGGCUCACCCUGCUGGAGCUGCUGAGCAAGGCUUACCAGGAGAGCAUAUGUCACUGCCUACAGAAGUACUGCCUCAACUACUCCACAUCUCUGCUUUAUCUGGACAGCCUGAAGCCCAGAGAGGACUUUGGAACUUACGUGAAGUGGUGUGAGAGGAACGAACAGUGCCGGAGGCUGCAAUUGCGUGACCUGUUGGUGGCGCCAUUGCAGAGGCUAACUCGAUACCCGCUGUUGUUGCGGAAUAUCGCAAAGAGAUGCCGGGUGGAGGACGAGAUCAGAGGCCUGCAGGUUAUAGCGGAGCAAAUGGACACAUCUAUAUGUGAUUUAGAGGGAAAGGUCAAAUGGCUGGAUAACUACCAGAAAGUGAAACAGCUGAGAGAUGCCCUGGUGUGGCUGCCUGUAUGGGAGAGAGACAAGCGUGCCUUCGUUCCUGAGAAUCUGAAACAUCUCUUAAAGACUGUCACUCUGGAGAAUCUCAUUUCUCACAGAAGUCUGCUGCACGAAGGGAAACUGGUGCUCACAGAGAAUACAAAGCAGAUAGAUGUUUAUCUGUUCCUGUUUGACGAAUUCCUGCUGAUCACAAAGAUAAAGAGAAACAAGAAGCGGUCCAUUGGUCCAGAGCAGAAUCCUCUGAGGCUGCCACAGAACCUGGAGCUGGAUCAGCUGCUGAAGGAGGGGUGCAUCUUCACGGUUCUGGACCAGCCCGUUUCUCUGGACCGACUCCAGCUCAAGAACAUCGAUCAGCUUAAUGCCUCAAUUGAUGUUAAUGGAAGAAUUGUAAUUUCGUGCUUCCUUUGUAGCAUCGGGGCUGCCUCACUCUUUCAUAAUCAUGCACCAGAACCGCUACCAGCAAUGUAUCGGUGCAUUCAUUCUGCAAGCUGCGUCAGAGUCUGCCAAGAGAGUGUGGAUGUCUAAGAUAGAGGACGCUAUGACGGCGCUGCUGAAGCUGGACUCUCAGCAGCCGCGACUCAAGAGCUCCUCCCUGUGGCUGGAGUCUUCACAGAUAUAACCCAUCAAACAGCACUAGAAGCAUCUGUAAUGCCUCUACUGUCAAUGAUCACUUCAUGGUCUCCUGACGUCUUGUAAAAUGAGUGCACUAGCACUAGGAUCAUUUUGUAAACUAAAUGUUUGCCUUUAAAGGUAGCUGCUGCAGUAGUGUACAAUAAAUAGAUUGUGUAGUAAAA